GAUUGUGAUGAUGAACCCAGCACUAAAAUAGACUACUACUUCAUCUUGCGGAAGUGGAUGGAAAUCAACCCAUCCAAUGAGUUCCGGUGCUUCGUAAGAAAUAAGGAACUUAUUGGUAUAUGUCAACGGGAUACAAGUCAGAGCUAUGGAUGUAUUGGUAGUGACAAGACCAGAAUUUGCAGUGAUAUUGUGAGCUUCUGGAGAGAAAAUAUAGAAAAUAGGUUCCCACUUUCUAGUUAUACUUUUGAUGUAUAUCGUCCAGCAAAAGACCAUGUGACUCUUGUUGAUUUCAACCCUUUUGGGGAGACAACAGAUGGUCUUCUCUUUACAUGGCCUGAAUUGAAACAGAAAGAAGAAAUUAGGCCAAGUACAGGCAGAACAAUUGAAGAAGUGGCAGAAGAGGAGCAAGGUGAUAUUGCACAAUAUAAUGAGAGAAAUCUUGUGGACAGCAACAGGCAAACAGACUCAGUAAUAGGAGACACAUAUAGUUUUGGUGAGGAUGGAGACACCUCUCCAGAAUUUAGGUAUAUAUCAGAUGCCACAGGGGUCCAGCCAAGUCCAUACAUGCAGUAUGGUUUACCUUUGGAUAUAGUUGACCUGAGCACUGGCCAAGACCCCCAAAAGUUGAUAGAUUUUCUUCAGAUGAAAAUUCAAAGUGAAGCAGAUGAGAGUUCUGAUGAGGAAGUACCGAGUUAGUAUUGAUGUUGAAUUUACGUGUUUUUUUUUUCCAUCAAGUAUGUGUGUAUGAAAGGAAACUGACAUUUCUCCUUCUGUAUGUAUCUAUAUAUCUUUACCAUUCAUUAGCUUCUUGUAUAAAUUAUCCUUUCCAGUUUAUGUUGUCAGCAUCAUUCUUAUUGCAGUGUGCUUAAAGACUUUUAUUAUAUGUGUACUCCCAUAAAUUUUCAUCUGUUGUCACAUGCAAACUAGGAAUCUGGCAUUCCAUUUCAUUUGAAUGUUAUAACAAGUUUUGCACUUGAUGUAUUAGAAGAAUAAAUAUCAAGAAAUA